AUGGAAGCGGAAGACGGCGGACAAGGCGGCUCCACGUCGGGCGGGAACAUGACUACUGUAUCUCAGCAUACUUUCGCAGACGACUUUGAGAAACUGGCAUUCACCAUCUCAAUAAUCGAGAAUGUGAAGGAAGAAUAUGGCUUGUUUGUGUGGCCAUGUAGUGUUAUACUUGCUGAGUAUGUAUGGCAACAGAGGUUGCAGUUUUCUGGUGCUAGUGUUCUCGAGCUUGGUGCAGGGACUUGCUUGCCUGGAUUAGUAGCUGCUAAGUUGGGGUUGGAUGUUACUCUUACCGAUGAUUCUAAUAAAUUGGAGGUGUUAGACAACAUGAGAAGAGUGUGUGACUUGAACCAACUUAAUUGUAAAGUGUUGGGACUGACAUGGGGAGUUUGGGAUGAAUCUAUAUUCACUUUGAAGCCAAAACUUAUUCUUGGGGCUGAUGUAUUUUAUGAUGCAAGUGCUUUUGAUGACCUCUUUGCCACUGUGACAUUCCUGCUCCAAAACUCUCCAGGGUCUGUCUUUAUAACAACUUAUCAUAAUAGAAGCGGGCAUCAUCUUAUUGAAUUCUUGAUGGUGAAAUGGGGAUUAAAGUGCCUAAAGCUUAUUGAUGGUUUUUCUUUCAUGCCACCCUACAAGGCAUCCGGGCUAAGUGGCAACAUUCAAUUAGCAGAGAUUGUAUUAAGCAGUGAAUAG